CUCCCAGCUGACGGGUCGAAGCCGUGGUGAGACCGAAAGGGCGUUAAAAUUUGAGACUUCUCGCAGCCACGAAAGGCCACAUGUGGACGAGUUCCCACAGGCUGCCCAAGUCCAAGUUGGUGGCUCUCUCGAGAUGACGUCAUCCCUGUGGAGUAGCCUUGUUUUGCUGGGUUUCGCACAGGUUGCUGUCUCUGGCUACUCUUCGGAAGGAUGGACGUCACGAGAAACCACUCAAGAACACUACGUCUGUAGGACUGAGGUAUGCAAGGAGAAAGCGAAAUUAAUCAAGAAGUCCCUGAGCAGAACAGUGGAGCCUUGCGACGACUUUUACGAGUACGUGUGCAGCGGAUGGAAGAAAGCGAACCGCAUUCCGAGCGACAGAUUUUCGUACGGGGCUUUUAAGGAAGUGGACGAAAAGCUUUCCAAGGACCUGAACGAAAUACUCGGCAAGAUACCGCAUCGCGGCGGCUUCAGACAGACCGUCACAGAAAAACUUGGCAUUGCCUACAAGGCCUGCUUGGCCAACGAUAACCCUGAUUGGCGAAGCUUAGACGAAUUAAGAGCGAUCCUAGCAGAAAUGGGCUUUGCGGAGUGGCCGCUCGUCAGAAAGCUGAAGAGAAAGCCAUUCAGCGACUACAAGACGGUGCUGCUGAAGACGGGAAUGGCGCCGCUCUUCAGCAUGUCCGUGGCAAGAGACAUGAAGGACCUUUCACGCAACAUCAUCAAGCUCGACCAAAUCAGCUUCUCACAAAUUGGACGAAACGAGCUCAUGCAACCGAAGAAAGAGAUCUACAGAAAAAGCGUGCGAGCAUACAAGGCUUUGAUCCGAACGGCUCUGCGUCUCAUCAAUCCGAAGCUGAAGGCUGGCACUGUCAAUGUCCUCGCCGAAGAAAUAUUUGCUUUCGAGAGCGAGAUAGCCAAGAGGACCGCCUCUAAGGAGGAGAGGCGGAACACCUCAAAAAUAUACAGGAGGACGACAGUACGCGAACUUAAAAAGACGCUUGCUGGACUGCCAUUGUUGGAGCUCCUGAGGAAGGUGUUUGCAUGUGGUGAACAUAACGCUCAACGGCGAGCUUUGUUCAACUACAUGGGUUGGCGUGCGGUACUCUCGAAGGCAAGCCACGUUUCCAAACGAUUCCGAGACGCGAAGCUGAAUUUCAAUAGAGCUGCCUUUGGACUGGAGAAAGAACCUCCACUCUGGAAGACUUGCGUCAAGCUGAUGUCAGCCUUAAUGAAAGAGGUCGUCGGUCGUCUUUACGUCAUGAAGAGGUUCACCGCACGCGCGAAACAAAACGUAGAAAAACUUGUGUGGAGCAUGAAGCGCACGUUUCAAAAAAGAUUGAAGAGGAUCAAGUGGAUGGAUAAAGUAACCAAAAAAAGAGCAGAAUACAAGUUGAAGAAUAUGACGCCCAAGAUCGGCUACCCAAAAUGGAUGUUGGACACCGGGUUCCUGGAACACCUGUACAGACACCUUGACCAGUUGCAGCGUCGUGAACCGUUCAUUAGAAUCUUGGACAAAAUAAGCCAAAACAACGACAAGAACGCUCUUCUCGAUCUGCGCCGGCCCUUCAAUAAGACGUUGAAAUGGUACUCUGGUCCUGCGGUCGUGAACGCUUUUUACAGUCCCGACAAGAACGAAAUGAUUUUCCCGUCAGCGAUACUGCAAGGUGUGUUCUACCAGGAAGGCCUACCAGUUUCACUGAAUCUUGGAGCCAUCGGCUCAGUCAUCGGCCACGAGAUGAUUCAUGGAUACGAUGAUCGCGGGAGCCAGUUCGAUGGCAACGGACGGUUGCAGCAAUGGUGGAGCAAGAAAACGAAGAACCGCUUCGCGAACAAAACAAACUGCUUCGUGAAGCAGUAUGGCAGCAUCUUUGACCCCGUGGCGAAGAUGCCGCUCAACGGCAAGAAUACCUUAGGCGAAAACAUCGCUGACAACGGGGGCGUUAGACUUGCGUUCAAGACCUAUGAAUACCUGUUGAAGACAUCCAGAAUUCAAGAUGUCCGACUUCCUGGCUUAGAACAUUUAUCGGGCAAGCAAUUACUUUUCAUCGGAAACGCAAUGGUCUGGUGUGCGAAAUCUCGGAAGGAAGCCCUUCGGCAACAAAUUCAGUAUGACAGUCACUCCCCAAAAAGAUACAGGUAA